AUGGUUAACGUUCCAAAGACCAGAAAGACCUACUGUAAGGGUAAGCAAUGUAAGAAGCACACUCAACACAGAGUUACUCAAUACAAGGCUGGUAAGGCUUCUCUAUACAGUCAAGGUAAGAGAAGAUAUGACAGAAAGCAAUCCGGUUACGGUGGUCAAACCAAGCCAGUUUUCCACAAAAAGGCAAAGACUACCAAGAAGGUUGUUUUGAGAUUAGAAUGUGUUGCUUGUAAAACCAAGCUUCAAUUAUCCCUAAAGAGAUGUAAGCAUUUCGAAUUAGGUGGUGAUAAGAAACAAAAGGGUGCUGCUUUACAAUUCUAA